AUGUCUCGUGUUUAUGUGGACCUGGAUCCACGAGUCACUGAACGUGACUUGGAAGAUGAAUUUCGAUUAUAUGGUGUCCUCUGGAGUGUCUGGGUUGCUCGGAAACCACCUGGUUGCUUUGUUGAAUUUGAUGACCGUAGAGAUGCUGUAGAUGCAAUUCGUGGCUUGGAUGGGAAAAACGGAUGGCGUGUUGAGCUCUCUCAUAAUUCAAAGGGUGGUGGAGGCCGCGGUGGUUCUCGUGGGCGUGGGGGUGGUGAUGACAUGAAGUGUUAUGAAUGUGGUGAGCCUGGCCAUUUUGCUCUGGAGUGUCGCCUACGUAUUGGUCCUGGGGGAUUGGGAAGUGGACGACGUCGAAGCCCCAGUCCUUGUUAUAGAAGAAGCCCAAGUUGCGGUCGCAGUCCACGUGGUAGAAGAUCACCAUGACACCGCAGUUAUUCACCUUGUCGUAGUUACAGCAGGUCACCUGUUUAUAGCCGAAGCUAUCGUGAUUCAUCUUACGCCAAUGGGAGUCCAAGGGGUCGGCGUGGAACACGGAGCCGGAGUUAAAUAAAAUUUUUCUAUGACAUGAGAAUUGAAUAUCUCAGUUACUGUACUUGAAUGCUGAGCGAGUUCAGACUCUGGUGAUGACAACAUAUGGUUUCAGUCUGAAGACCUAGAGAGACUUCAAUAGAUCAGUGGACAUUGUGGUAUAUAUGAAUGGCUUCUAUAAAGUGGAUUAGCGACUAGACAAAUUUUCACACUCUUCUGUUGCACACUAGAAUGCUUUCCUCAACUGCUGGAUGUUGGAUAAGUUAUUUCCUACUUAAUGCUGCUUGCUCUUUUGCGAAGCCUGUUUAUGAUGACCAUUUCCUUUUGUACGUUCUGAGCAUGGACAUAUUUGAUGAGAGUAAUUGAAAGUUUAGAUUACAGGUUUCUGUAUCUAGAAAUUUUAACUUAAGACCACUCUACCUUUGUGUUGUUUUAGAGUUAUGCUUCUGCUUAAACGGCUCAUAGGGGAACUUACCACUGCUUCAUGGGUUUUGCUCCUAUCAUCUCCUUCUGGCUUAAUGCGGUUUUCUUUGCCUGCAUCGCCAAAUGUGAUGGCUUCAAUGCUUUAUUGCUUGGUCGUCUACAUCGUAGAUGCUUUCCAUCCCGCAACAAAACCUAAAAUGGUGUUUUCAUUAAUCUUCUGCAACAAACCCCAAAUUGGUUGUCUUCUUCAACAAACCCUAAAUUGGUGUCUUCUGCAACAAACUCCAGAGCUUCAGUGUUUGAUCAUCUACACUGGUAAAUCUCAACCAUGUGCAACAAAACCCCAAGACUGGUGUUUUGUUUUUCUUCUGCAACUUACCCUAAAUGGAUGGACUUCUUCUACAUACCCUAAUGGCUGGUGUGGCAUCUCGAAGCUUCUGUGCUGUGUCAACCACAUUGAUAAUUGUGCUUGUUUCUACAAAAAACCAUAAAGUAGAUGUCCUUACGAUUCUUCUGUGACAAACAAAUGGAUGCCCUUGACAACAAAACCCCUACUGGCUGGUGUGGCAUCUCCAAAGUUUCAUUGCUUGGUCUUCUACAUCAAUAAAUGCUUGUCCAUCUACAAUGAAACACUUAAUGGUUGUUUUCAAUAAUCUUCUGCAACAAACCAUAUUUGGGUAUCUCCUGCAACAAACCAUAAAAUUUUAUCAUGUUUAUCAUCAGGUUUUAUUUUGGAGAAUAUCACGGUUUUUUUGUUUUUGUUUUUCUAAUUUUUCCUAAAGGAUACCUUGACAAGGUCACAUCAUGAGAGGGAGCUGCUUCACAGUUGACCAGAUUGAACUUGUGAUUGAACACCAGCCUGCCAUUUAAAUAGCAGAUGUUAUAAACAGCCUGGUUUAGCUAUUGAGGCUCAUCAAGCUUUGUAUUUUGCUUAUUGCUGUUGCGGAGUAUUCAUCUCACUGGACCGAGCUACGGCACUGGCCUGUGUAUCAUGACCCCCCUCUCCCCUCUCUUGCACUCUGUUUGUAUCUAUGUAUUUACUCUCUCAGCUACGGAUCCCAAAUUUUGGGAAUAAAUUUGGCAUACAUUUUAUUUAAGCUUGCAACCUUAAAUAAUCAAAGUAGGGUGUACCUCCAAAAUUUAUCUUAAGAUGUAAUUUUGGUGUAAAAAGUUCUUAGAAUUGUCUGAAAAAGAGUAGCGUCUUUUGCAUGAA